AUGGUGCAGACUGCUGGCAUGGCAUCUUGUGGCAGAUGUGUGUUGUCGGUGAUGUCAUAUCCUGAAUAUCACGAUAGAUGCAGAAGUAUCGCCAAGAAAUUGUGUCACACUGCUAUCUCAGCUUUGGAGCCAAUGUUUGUCAAAGAUAGGAAUUCGGGAGAUAACUCAUUUUUUAUGGAGCAAAUAAGACUUUUCUGGGAAGUCUAUCAACUGACAACGACCUCGAACUUGCUGCAGCCAGAAGAAAUAUCAUCUCUCAAUGAAAUGUUGGAUAAAAUUGUGCUUCUGCUUUGUGAAACUGGUAUCGACCAGAAAUCUCGUAACUUCCUACCUGCUGAGUUUCUUCGUCUUGUGGACAAGGAACAAGAACCUACAGUUGUGCGAUCUCAUACUACAAAGCAGUUGCCUUACUUCCUCAAGGAUCUUUCUGUUAGUCAUAGCCCUAGUGUUAGCAUUGUCCCAUGUGAAUCUACGAAAAAUCGCAACGAUUUCAUCCGGCGAAUAGACAAUGUACUGGACGACAUAUUGACUGGAAACAGUGACGUUUCGGUAAUGCAUGAAAUUGGAAAGGCGGUGGUGAACGAAAGCAUUUGCGCUGGUGAUGCUGAGAGCUUUAUAAAGUUAACCACUAGAAUUGUAUCAGCCAUGGAUACUAUCCUUGCUUCUUCUUUGGAAGUCGUUUCUGCAUUCUUCGCCAUGUUCGAAAAGUUAUUCUGCUCUCUCCCAGAAGAUGUGAAGCUUCCAGUGAUGAAACGCUUUUAUGAAGCAUGGCAUGAUAAAUAUGGAAAUCUACCUUCAUUAGGCAAACACCUGAAGAAUUUCGACAUUGAUGUCACCGAGUGUGUGAAUGGAAUAGGCGACCAUGUUGAAAUUCAGAAUAAUUUCUCGAAGUUCAAAAAAGUGCGGGAUAAGCUUUCAUUUUAUCUACUCACGAACCCUCUACCAACAUUACAUCGACUGCUAAUACAAACGUUGGACAACAAACUGGUCGUGCCUGGGGUGCUUAAUAUCUUUCGCCACUGUAGCGUUCUUUUUGAACAAGUGUACAGGUCGGAGAAGGUGCCGCCACAAGUGAAAUCGGUUUUGCUCAGCUGCAUUAUCUCAAUAUUUGAAGAAGAAGCUCACAGG